CACACACCCAGUGACUGCCUAUGCCAGAGCCUGCGCUCUCAGCUCAAGCCCUCUUAAAGCUGUUUUUCUGCUGGAGAUCAGCGAGAGCUAACGACACACAGCUGCCUCUGCAGAAGACAGAAGGACAAGAGGAGAACAGAAGGAGGGUGAAAAGAGGACAGGAAGGAGUAAAGGACAAGCAGGGGAGGAAACAAAACCAUCAGCAGCCUCUUAACUUCUGUCCCUGCGUCUCUCCGGCGGUCCGGUGCAGUCGUUCUUCAGCAGGGAGUGUUCUCCGGCGUAGUUCAGGACUUUUUUUGUUACAAGGGGGUGGAAAAGAAGAAGGGUUGGAGUUCACAUGACAUAAUCGGAGUGAAUGGGUUGCCAUGGUGACUCACCCAGGGAGCCUGACCCGUGCAGAGUGAAUGGAGGGAGCGCCUUGGACGCAAAGUGAACGAUAAACUAACCGAAGGGAGUCACCAGAGAGAGAGAGAGAGAGAGAGAGGAGAGAGAGAAAGAGGAGAGCAAAGGAGUGGUGGAUAACAGAGGGAGCACAGAGGAGCAGAGCAGAGGUUGAGAAUGGAGGACGGGUUUUCCAGCUACAGCAGCUUGUAUGACACCUCAUCACUGCUACAGUUCUGCAACGAUGACAGUGCGUCAGCAGCCAGCAGCAUGGAGGUUACCGACCGCAUCGCCUCCCUGGAGCAGAGGGUCCAGAUGCAGGAGGACGAGAUUCAGCUGCUAAAAUCGGCUCUUGCCGACGUGGUGCGAAGGCUCAACGUCUCCGAGGAGCAGCAGGCCAUGGGCUCACGCAGAGGCCCCACCAAAGCCAGGCCAAUGAUUGCCACCCUGCCGUUACGGCCCACAGUGAACAACGGGACCAUCCUACCAAAGAAAGGCAGUGGCACUCUGCCCUCCCCAUCCGGAUCCGGAUCCAGGAAGGACACCGGCAUCCCAGCCAACAAGAGCACUGUGAGGAGAGCCAACUCGAACGAACAUGUGGGAACUCUUACGCGGAAGGAUUCGGGCGACUCCAAGGGCAACCGAACUCGUGCCGGAUCCACCGGCAGCAAUUCCAGCGGCAAAAGAAGUGACAGCAAACAGAGGGAUCCAGUGUUCAAUGCAGGGACGCGACGUGUGACCCACUGCAAAGAGGAAGGUUAUGUGAAAAUGUACUUGAAAGGUCGUCCCAUCACCAUGUACAUGCCCAGAGACCAGGUGGACAGUUACUGCCUGGAGGCCCGAGCCGACCUGCCCGGCAACAAACUCAAACUGGACUGGGUUUAUGGUUACCGCGGUCGAGACUGUCGCUCCAAUCUUUACCUGUUGCCCACUGGAGAAACGGUGUACUUCAUCGCCUCAGUGGUCGUCCUGUUCAAUGUGGACGAGCGGCUUCAGCGACACUACACCGGACACACGGAUGACAUCAAAUGCCUGGCCGUCCACCCCGAUAAAAUCACCAUAGCAACCGGUCAGGUGGCGGGCACCUCUUCAGAUGGAAAACAGCUGGCUCCUCAUGUCCGUGUGUGGGACUCUGUCAGCCUCAACACACUCCAUGUUCUGGGUUCAGGCUUCUUUGACCGAGCCUUGGUCUGCCUGGCUUUCUCCAAGUCGAAUGGAGGAAAUACAUUGUGUGUCGUAGACGACUCCAACGACCACGUCCUCUCUGUCUGGGACUGGCAGAGGGAGGACAGGCUGGCUGAAGUCAAGUGCUCCAACGAGUCAGUGUUUGCUGCAGACUUUCACCCAACAGACAGCAACAUCGUAGUGACCUGCGGCAAGUCCCAUCUCUAUUUCUGGAACCUGGAGAAAGGCGUGCUGGUCAAGAAGCAAGGACUGUUUGAGAAACAGGAGAAACCCAAGUUUGUAUUGUGCGUGACCUUUGCAGAAAAUGGAGACGCCAUCACAGGAGACUCAAGCGGGAACAUCCUGGUGUGGGGAAAAGGAACUAAUCGUAUCAGCCACGUCAUCCAAGGAGCUCACGAGGGAAGCAUCUUUGCUUUGUGCAUGCUGAGGAACGGCACGCUGGUAUCUGGAGGUAAAGACCGCAGGCUGGUCUCCUGGGACGGCAGCUACCAGCAGAUACAAACGGUGGAGGUGCCCGAGUUGUUUGGACCAAUCAGGACCAUAGCAGAGGGCAGAGGGGAGACUGUGCUCAUCGGGACCACCAAACACUUUGUUUUGCAAGGCAGUUUGGAUGGAGAGUUCAUGCCUAUUACACAGGGUCACACUGAUGAGUUGUGGGGUUUGGCCGUCCAUCCCUGGAAGCCUCAGUUCCUCACCUGUGGCUAUGACAGGCAGGUCUGCCUGUGGGACUCAAGUUCCCAUCAGCUCAUCUGGACCAAGAGUAUGGAAGAUACUGCCCAAUCAGCAGGCUUCCACCCAUCUGGAGCCGUGGUUGCCAUAGGAACCCAGACUGGCAGGUGGCUGGUUCUGGACUCUGACUCUAAGGAUCUUGUCACAGUGCACACAGACGGGAAUGAACAGCUGUCUGUUAUGUGCUACGGCCCAGAUGGUAACUUCCUGGCCAUCGGUUCCCACGACAACUACAUCUAUAUCUACGCCGUGGCGGAAAACGGGAGGAAGUACAGUCGAGUGGGAAAGUGCUCGGGUCACUCUAGUUUCAUCACCCAUCUGGACUGGUCAGUGGACUCCCAGUACCUGGUGUCAAACUCAGGGGACUACGAGAUCCUGUAUUGGAUCCCAUCAGUGUGUAAACAGGUGGUCAGUGUGGAGACCACCAGAGAUAUCGAGUGGGCCACCCACACCUGCACUUUGGGCUUCCAUGUCUUUGGCUUGUGGCCCGACGGUUCAGAUGGCACCGACAUCAACGCCACCUGCAGGUCCAGUGAUAAAAGCCUCCUGGUUACCGGAGACGACUUCGGGAAGGUCCACCUGUUCUCAUACCCCUGUUCACAGUUCAGGGCUCCCAGCCAUGUUUACCGUGGCCACAGCAGUCACGUGACCAACGUGGCCUUCCUGCAUGACGACGGCUACCUGGUGUCAACUGGAGGGAAGGACAUGAGCGUGAUGCAGUGGAGGAUAGUUUGAGGGACCCGGCAGAGACACAUACUGUUGUUUUGUUACUGCUGCUGGGGCCUGAAACCCAGCUGAAGCAAACUGAACUGAACUGCACUAAACUGAACCAAACCAAACUUAAAUUAACUCAGAAGCUAAAAAAAGGUGGAUCUGCUGAACUGAAGUGAAUUGACAGAAGAGGAACUAGAGGUUUUCUUCCUGAUCUGCUCUCAGAUCCCAAAUGGGACGAACUGUUGGAAGUUUUUCGUGCCGUUGCUUGAAAUACAAAAAUCUUGAAUAUUUCACCUUUUCUUUAAUCCCACUACAUGUAAGAAAAAAAAUGUAUCUCACAUACUGUAGCAAAGUCACCGAUGACAUGAGACAAAACCAAUCAAACGGAUCAAAUCCAACUAAACAGAACCAAAGGCUCUGACUUUCUGACUGCAUCUGAAUAGUUUCACUGUUCAUCUGUUCCACAGAUGAUGGAUUGAAGAGGUUCAUCACCGCUGGAGAUCCAGGAGUAUUGGAACAAAAACUGUGUACGGAAAGAAAGAACAUAGUGAUUUUCUAAUUGUUGAACUUUAGUUUGUUUUGUAUUUAACAACUCAGGAAAGCACUAGUAAAGCAGAACUCUUUUAUUAACAUUAACAUAUCAGAAGGAUCCCUAAACACAGCUCACUUAAACAUACAGAGAGGUAUCGACUACGGUUAAUAUCAGAUUCAACUGUUGUCCAACCAUUAUUGAUUUAUUUGCAUUGACUAAUUCAGUAUGAAAACCACCUUUACAGUCUUCAUGAUACCUAGUUACAGCAAGGUUCAGCCAGAUGUGAUGUUACCCACCAUUUGAAACUAUUGUCCUAUUGUUCUUUAAGGGCAAUGGCCAUUAAAGAGUUUGGAUUUAAACUUUUUUUUUUACAAUACAUUAUAAAAAAACACGUUCUACUUUUUUGUGCUUCCAGGUCUUAAAAAAGGCACCUUUCCUGUUAUUUAUUGAUCAAGAGUCAAAUCCUUCACUCCAAAAUUUUUCAAGUUUUUCCCUGAAAUAAAUCCCUGUUUAGUCCCAUAUGUGUUAAUUUACUGAGAGGCUUGAAACAGAUAAUGAGCAAAAUGUGGGUGAAUAUACAGUGUUUUAAAGUGUUACCGAUUUUUAAAAUGGGUUUUUGUGUCCUGCCCUUGCCUCGAGGUGCAAGGAAAAUGAAAAGCAAGUUUUUUUGUUUUUUUAAUGAUGUGAAGCCUUUUUAAUCUGCAUCCCUCUGCAUUUUACUGCACCGGGAUCAGCUUAGAAAGGAGAAGGAUGAGACCAUUACACUGUAACUGUUUACGUCUGAUGUGCUCCUCAGAAGAGCACCAUCACUGGCAAGUUAUUUAACUGAGCUGAACCUUCUUGAGUGUUUUCUUCUUCUAGAAACAUACAGUAGGCCUUUUUAAACUACACAAUAGAACAAGCUAAUUACCAUUUAGUAUUUACCAGAGCUUUUCAUGAACCAAUGAUGUCUGUUUUCAAUGUUCCAAGCUGCGUUCUGUCCGUACACCUACUGUACAUCACACUCCUUAUCUUACUGUCAACACUAAGCCAAUAUUACACACACACAUGCAUGAAAAAAAAAAAAAUGAAUAUUUUGACAGAGGGUUCAACAGAUUUUAGUAUGACCAUAACUGCCACAGAUGUGAAGCAUCUUGGUGUUGUUUUGAAAGCCUGAUGGUUGACUCACUGUUGGAGUUUCAUUAUCAGGAAAACUACUCACAUCUAACAGCAGUGAUUUAAAGUGAGCCCUCUAACAUGAUUUGUUUUCACCACUAAACACCUGGAGCUGCAGUAUACCAUUAAACUUUGGACAUUGGUCUGAAAGUAAAUGCUACAUGA